AUGUUACCCGUACCAAAAUUUUUACAAAAAAAUCAAAAUGAUGAACAAAAUAUGAAUCAUAAUCAAGGAUGGCAAUCUUCUCACAAGACGAAUGGAAAUAAUUUUCAACGUCCGAUUAGAAAUUUUAACAAUUAUGGCAAAAGAAAAUGCAAUCAAAAUUCAAUCAAUAUUCAAUGUGAUUUUGAUGAUUGUCGAUUUCAAUCAGCCAAUAAAGAUGAAAUGUUAAUGCAUAAAAAAAUUAAUCAUUUUCAAUUAUGUAGCCGUUUUAAUGAUGGUUUUUUAAUGGAUUCACCUGAAGAAAUAUCAAAAUGGCGAAAUGAACGUCGAUCUAAAUAUCCACGUUUAUCGAACAUUAUCAAUAAUGAUGGUAAUGAUAUUAAUCAUACAAAAAAUAAUCAACCUAAUCGAAAUCAUAAUAAUUCAACUUAUCGUAACAAUAACUAUCGUGAUCGUCGAAAAUUUCAGCGUCAUUCAUUUUCAUAUUCGCAAAAAAAUCAUUCGAAUAAUCGAAUUCAUAAACGUAAUUCAAUUGAAAAUAAACAAAAAAAUAGCACAGUCAAAUCUUCGCUGCCAAUCACAUCAGAACCUUCAUCGUCAUCGCUGAAUCUAAUUUCGGGUUAUUGUAGCGGUAGCAAUAGUGAUCAUUCGGAUUAUGAAGAAUUGGAACAAAAUGAACAUAAAAUACUAUCAUCAAUGAUUGAUGAACUUAUUGAAAAAGUUGAAAAAACAAAAAUUGUUCCAAAGAAAUUGAAUAAAACUAUUUCGAAUAAAAAACAAAAACCAACAAUACAACGGCAACCAUUACAAUAUUCGAAUCUAAAUCUAUUUCAAAAAUUAAUGUUACAAGAUGUACGUCGAAUAAAAUCCGAAUUAUUGCAAUCAUUGAAAUUGUUGGUCGAUACAAAUUUUCUUGAAACAAAUUAAUUUUCUUUAAUUAAUUUUAAUUAAA